AUGAUCUCAAUGCUCGGUAAAUGGCUUUACUUAGAAGCACCAAGGCAACUUAAAAGAAUAGAAAUAAUUUACCCUAUUGUUGGCCACUCGUUAAUUCCCCCAGACAGGGUUUUUGCUAAAAUUGAAAAGGUCAUAAAAACUAAGGAAGUUAUAACAUGUACAGAUCUGGCAUCAAUUCCUGUAUAUGACUGGAAGACUAGUUAUCAGAAUAUUAUAAAGCCUACUACUAGUUGGCAUUUUGCUUUUAUGAAGUGUAAACGAAUAUUUAUUACCCGGACUAAGACUGAAAAUGUAUUAGUGCAAGGAGAAGUCAACUAUCGGGCAGAAAACAACACAAAAAUGACAAUUACCAAAAAAGGGAAAAAAAUAACUAUGAUUCAACCUGAUAUCAUUCAACCUAAUAAAAUAAUCCCGAAUGCUGCCAAAUUACACGAUGUUUUGAAAUUAUUAAAAACGCAUUUCGGUGAUAAUUGGGAAACCUUGGAGACAUUAACUUUUUAUAAAAUAGUUAAAGAAAGAGCACAAGAACAACCGGAAAAUAUGAUUGAAAGUCCUACUAUGACUGACUUGUGUGAAUCUGGAUUUACAGAAAAUAAUAGUUAUGUGUAA